AUUGUUGACUGGUGGGAGGUCCGACGCUGAACCAUUCUGGGUGGCUGUUAAAAUUCGUCUCUGUACAGUAGAUUCUCAAAGUCUUGAUACAAAAACAAUGGGUCUCCUGUCCCUCCUACGUAAACUGAAGUCAGCUCCAGACCAAGAGCUGCGCAUACUGUUACUUGGUCUGGAUAAUGCAGGUAAAACAACUUUGCUGAAGAAAUUAGCCUCAGAAGAUAUAACUCAAACCACCCCAACACAAGGCUUCAAUAUAAAGUCUGUCCAGUCAGAUGGGUUUAAGCUCAAUGUUUGGGACAUUGGUGGACAACGCAAGAUUCGACCUUACUGGAGAAAUUACUUUGAAAAUACUGAUGUUCUAAUCUAUGUCAUUGAUAGUGGUGAUAGAAAAAGGUUUGAAGAGACAGGUCAAGAGCUUGGAGAGAUACUAAGUGAAGAGAAGCUUGCAGGUAUACCUGUCUUGAUAUUUGCAAAUAAGCAAGAUCUCUUUAAUGCAGCACCUGCCUCAGAGAUAGCAGAAGGUCUUCAACUCCAUACAAUCAGAGACCGCACUUGGCAAAUACAAGCCUGCUCAGCUACCUCUGGCGAGGGUGUUAAAGAUGGAUUAGACUGGGUCUGUAAGAAUCUCAAGAAGAAAUGAAGCCACUUGCUUCCUCCAGCACAAUAAGUAUUCCGUCCAAGUGCAGUAUGAGUUAGCUAAUAUAUUAUUUGUGAGAGUUCAUUUAUAGUUUGCAUAAAUAGCAAUAAAAAUCACCAGGCAUAAUGAGGUAUAAUCAUAGAAAAAAUAGUCUUAUUAAGUGGCACAAAACUUGACAGUGUUGCAUAGGCAUGCUGUUGGGGUGUGGUAUUGUAUUUAUUGAUAUUUAUUACAUUUACAAAUUUAUUUCCGUUGACAUCACAGGCAUUUUAUAACCUAAUGCCUGGCUCAUUUGACUCAUUUAUAACUGACCAGAGUCUGUGGAUUGAAAACACAGGUCCCAUUAAUUAAUAUGGAACUAAGGGAAUGAUUACCUGUAGUUCAAAUUCUUCCAUCACAGUCAAAGCUCUCAAAAAUGGAUACAGUAAACCUUUUAUGUUGAGUGGAAUAAGCACUUGCUCCUCAUUUUUUAUAUAUUUUCUUUCAAGAAUCCAUCCUGUUUUUCGUAAUGAAAUUCAUUCAUAAUACAGUAAAUACCUUACACUAUAUAAGAGAUAUGGCAGGGUUAUAAUGUAAAUUUUAAAAUUUAACACUUUCCAAUGGCAUAGACAUCAUUACCCCACUCACUCCACACUGCAUGUAGCAUAUAUUUAACUUGCCUUUCCAUGAUAUGAGAAGCUGAAACAUUUAGAAAAGAUAUGGUGAAGCUCUGCACACACAAUAAUGAAAAGCAGUCAUGUGUAAAUGACCCUAAAUGCAUUGUGCCAAGAAACUAAAGUGGCAGUGGAAGGAAAUACUGUUGCCAAUUUAAUACUUCUAUCACCUUAAGACUUGCCACCGCCUCUUGUGAUAGUUUAUGUUCAGUGACGAAUGAUUCCAGAAUACGUGUUGUGUAAAUCUAUACAUAUCAUUAUGUUUAUGAGAUAGCUACUAUACUUGUUAAGAAUUGAAAUACAGUGUACUGUGUUUUCUGGAUGUUUUGAGGAAGUCUAGCUACAUUUUCCAAUUCAUUUUAGCAACACUAGCUUCCACCUGCACUGGCAAGUUAACUAAAAUUACAGACACCCACAAAAGUCCUGUCACCUCUCCUCCUGAACCACAAACCCCAAAAUUCAGACUCGUGAACCUGAAGCUGUAGACACAUGCAUUAUUUUGUUCAUGAAAUGCUUCAGGUUCACGAGUCUGAAUCUCGGGGUUCGUGGUUCAGGAGACGAGACGACGGGACUUUUGUGGGUGACUAUACAGACAUUGAAGAGUACUGAUAUACAGUACUGUACAGUAUUUUUAUGAAACAUUAGUGUGAUUCCUUUUCAUGGAAAAAGGCAUUGGAAAUGCAAUAAAUUACUAAUAUUUGGAUGAGUAAAGCUUUCUUAUUUAUGCUAUGCAAGUAUUGUACAGUAAUAUGUUAUAUAGGGUUAGAAAUUGCAGUCUUUGGUGCCCACAAACUCCCUCUUUUCCCAUUACUAAAUUGAUUUGCAGAUGUGAGGUUUCAGGUUCACCCAACCCCUUCUGGGACACAGCACUGCAUGAAAUAGUUGGCUUACAUUAUUUGUGGCUACAAAUGCUACUUAUGAGUGAAGAGUUUUGCUGCCUCACCUUGUGGGUACAGGUUGACUAUAAAAAAUCCGGCAACCUCGGGACCUGAGGAGUGCCGGAUUUUCGAAAAUGCUGGAAAACUGAUGGUUAUAUUUGCUGUAUAAGUUUAACAGAAAAUGACUGCCUGUACAGUCCUUU